AUGCAAGAAGCAGAGAAGGCAUUGUAUCCAGAAUGCAACGAGUUCACAAAAUUGUCAUUUACUGUUGCAAUAUAUCACAUAAAGUGCCUAUGCAGUUGGAGUGACAAGUCCUUCUCUAUGUUGUUGGAUUUAUUGAAGAAAGCACUACCACAAAAUAAUACCUUGCCGAAUUCUUUAUAUGAAGCAAAGAAGAUGCUUAAAGAUUUGGGACUCAGUUACAACAUGAUCGAUGCAUGCCCCAAAGAUUGUAUGCUAUAUUGGAAGGAUGCAUCUAAUGAAAAAUCUUGUCUCAAAUGUGGGGCAUCAAGAUAUACACCCAAAUCCAAAGCUCCAACAAAAACAUUACGCCACUUUCCUCUGAUACCAAGGCUUCAAAGAUUAUAUAAGUCAUCAGUAACAUCAUCUGAAAUGAGAUGGCAUAAAGAUGGACGUAUGGAUGAUGGGAAAAUACGUCAUCCUGCAGAUGUAGAAGCAUGGAAGGAUUUGGACAGACUGCAUCCAACUUUUAGUGCGGAUCCCCGAAAUGUUAGGUUGGGGCUUUCAAGUGAUGGAUUUAAUCUUUUAAAUGAUAUUAAGAAUUCAUAUAGCAUUUGGCCUGUUAUUGUGGUGCUAUAUAAUCUGUCACCAUGGAAGUGCAUGAAACAAACAUCGUUCAUGUUGACAUUACUAAUUCUAGGUAAAAAUCAGCCUAGAAAUGAUAUAGAUGUUUAUUUACAGCCUUUGAUUGAUGAAUUAAAAUUAUUGUGGGAUGGUGUUGACACCUAUGAUUCAUUGAAGAAAGAGUCAUUCCAUUUACGUGCCUGCCUCUUAUGGACAAUCAACGACUUUCCUGCAUAUGCCAAUCUUUCAGGUUGGAGCACCAAGGGUGCAUUGGCGUGCCCUUGUUGCAACAAAGAGACCAUGUCAACUUGGUUGAAACACAGCCAUAAGCAAUGCUACCUAGGCCAUCAUCGAUUCCUAGAAGGAAAUCAUAAAUUUCGAUUGGAUAAGAGAGGUUUCAAUGGUUGUGUUGAGUUUGGGGUAGCACCACAGCCCCUUUCAGGUAUUGCUUCGCUAGCUCAAAUGGAAGGUGUAGAAUUUUCUGCAUUUGGUAAGGGAUCUAAUAAGAAUGAUACCGGUAAACGAAAGAGAGUUGGAGGUCGAACUGAACUACCUUUUAAUUGGAAGAAGAGAAGUGUAUUCUUUGAGUUGCCAUAUUGGAAGCAUAAUCUACUCCGUCAUAAUCUGGAUGUCAUGCAUAUAGAAAAGAAUGUAUGUGACAACAUCAUUGGUACACUGUUGGAAUUAAAAGAUAGAUCAAAGGAUAAGUUGGAGGCCCAACUAGAUUUGCAAGACAUGAACAUUAGACCAUCUUUGCAUCCGCAGAGGAUAGAGGGGAGCACUAAAGUGAUUAUACCUCCAGCAAGCUAUAUAAUGUCUAAGGUAGAAAAAGAACAGUUUUGCAAAGCUUUAGAUGGUUUGAAGGUGCCUGAUGGGUAUUCUGGAAAUCUAUCACGUUGUGUGAAAGUUACUGAAAGGGAUAUGUCUGGAAUGAAGAGCCAUGAUUGUCAUGUUUUAAUGCAACAACUCCUUCCUCUAUCAAUACGGGUACAUCCAACGAAGAAUGUUAAGUUGGUGUUGUUGUCAUUGUGCGCUUUCUUUCGAAGUGUAUGUGUGAAAGUUGCUAAAACCGAAGAUUUGAACCAACUUGAAGCCAGUAUUGCAGAAACCCUAUGCAAUCUAGAGAGGAUCUUCCCUCCUAUAUUCUUUGAUGUUAUGGUUCAUCUAAUGGUUCAUUUACCACGGGAGAUAUUAUUGGGUGGACCCGUCCACUAUAGGUGGAUGUAUCCUUUUGAAAGGUUCAACAAGACCCUCAAGGAUUACAUGCGUAAUGCAAGGCACCCAGAAGGGUCUAUUGCAGAGGGAUACAUUGCAAAUGAAUGUUUACAAUUUUGUGCUCUGCAUAUCAAAGGACUCGAGACCCGAUUAACCCAUCCAAAGAGGAAUGUUGAUAACGAACAUCUACAGGUAGAGCAGCAACAUUGGGCAUUCUCAUGCAAAGGUAGACCAUUAGGGCGUGCUGCGAUGGUGCGAUUAGAGUGGAAAGAGAUUGUACAAGCACAUCGAUAUGUUCUAUUGCAUUACGAACCCAUUGAUACAUAUCGAAAGUAA